AUGACAUUAUGGCAAGAUGCCGCGGCUAAGAAGCGCGAAGAGAUCUCCGCACUCAUUCCCGAGGCGUGGCGUAUAGACAAUCUACCAUCUGUGAAAGAGCAGGUCGACGUGACAGAAUACGUCAAGCAGUACUUGUCGGAAGAAGAGCUAAGCAUUACUGAAAGUGACGCGGAGAAGAUCGUGGGAAAGACCACGUCAGGGGCUUGGACUGCCGAAAAGGUCACGCGCGCGUUCUGUCACAGAGCAGCUCUCGCACACCAAUUGCUCAGCUGUCUUCACGAGAUCUUCUUCGAUGCGGCCAUCGCCGAUGCAAAGAAGCUCGAUGAUUACUUCGCAGAGCAUAAAACGCCCGUCGGCCCUCUCCAUGGCCUUCCCAUCUCACUCAAGGAUCAGUUCCACGUAAAGGAUGUCGAGACGACCAUGGGCUAUGUGGGCUGGAUCGGCACCUUUGAGGGAAAGAAGGGCACCGGCAAGGAAAAAGUCUUCGAGAGCGAAAUGGUCCGCGAGCUAAGAGCAAGCGGUGCAGUGCUGUACUGCAAGACGAGUGUACCGCACACUCUCAUGUCGGGUGAGACAGUGAACAACAUCAUCGACUACACAAUGAAUCCAAAGAAUCGCAACCUCAGCAGCGGAGGCAGCUCGGGUGGUGAAGGUGCAUUGAUCGGUAUCAGAGGGUCGCCAGUAGGCUUCGGCACUGAUAUUGGCGGUUCAAUCCGUAUCCCAGCUGCUUUCAACGGUUUGUAUGGUCUCCGUCCUUCGACCGGUCGCCUGCCUUACGAAGGCAUGUCGAAUUCCAUGGAUGGUCAAAAUACCGUCUUGUCGGUAGUCGGCCCACUCGGAACCACCGCAGGAUCGCUGCGCUUGGUCACGAAAGCCCUCCUCUCACAGCAACCUUGGCUCCAUGACCCAUUCGUGCACGAGAUUCCCUGGCGCAGUGAGGAAGAAGAUAAGAUCCAACAGCUUCUACAAUUUGUCGGUGAAUCUGUGCCCAAGGAAAAGAAGCUCGUCUUUGGAGUCAUGCACACUGACGGUGUCGUAACACCCACCGCGCCCAUUCGUCGCGCGAUUGAAUUCGUGACAAAAGCUCUCGAGGCCGCCGGUCACGAGAUUUUCACCUGGUCGCCACCUUCCCACAAGGUACUGAACGACACCGGCUUCAGAUCCUGGGUCUUCGACGGCGGCCGCAACGUGCGCGAAGCCUUUGCGCUCUCCGGCGAGCCCAUGGCCCCUCAGGUCUCUCUGUACCAGAACGAGAUGAAGGAGUUCAGCGCCACCGAGAUCGCCGAGACCAACGUAGCGAUGCGCGCCCUGAAGAAGGAGUACAUGGAUUACUGGAACAGUACUGCAAAGGAGACGAGCACAGGCAGACCAGUGGACGCCAUCAUCUCGCCACUGGCGCCGUGGCCGGCUGCGAGGAGGGAAAAGUACAAGUAUUACGGCUAUACGACUUGGAUCAACGCGCUGGACUACACUACUGUUGUGUUUCCGGUUACGAGUGUGGAUAAGGCGAUUGAUGUCAAGAGCAGUGACUUCAAGGCGGUGGAUGAGAAGGACCAGGAGAUUCAGGACGACUACGAUCCGGAAAUCUACGACGGCGCGCACGUCAGUCUGCAGCUUGUGGGCAGAAGGCUGCAGGAGGAGAAGAUCUUAGCAGUGGCCGAAUACGUAGGAAAGUUGAUUGGAAAAUAG